AUGCUCUCCUACCUCAAGUCUCGAUAUGGACCUGACGAAAACCAGUACGAGGAACUGGUGGAAACUGCCUGGGAACGCCUUCGCGUCCGUCCAAAGCGGAUGAAGCUACAAGACUGGAUCCUCGAAUGGAAACACUUUAAGGAAUACGCAGAAGAGCUAGGGCAGGAAACCACCUAUACCGAUCUGAAGCUUAUCCGAGAACUCAUCAAGAUCUGCAGACGUGAAGAUCUUGACCGAUUUGCAACUCGAUCUGAGGAUGCUAUAUGGGUUGCAAGAGAACCAGGAGGUAAUCCGGCGCAUCUCAAACUGAAUCAUCACAUCGAGCUCUUUCUAAAGACGUACCCUAUGGAGAUACCGAAGCCUAUGAAAGGGGCACUUUUCGCAACUCUCCAAGGAGAGACUCUAGCGCAGACGUCUCAACCAUCACAUAUGCCCGCUACAGCGGCAUCCCCGUCGUCGACUCCCGUCCCCCCUCAACAAGAGAAACGAGAGAAGACUCUCCCAACCUGUGUGUGUGGGGAGAAACACUUGUACAGGCGUUGCCCGUACUUCAAUCGAAAUAUUAGGCCCUCAGGUUGGAAACCGAACUCUAAGAUCAAAAACCAAAUCAUAUCUCACUUGAAGGCUAAUCCAGAGGCCAACAAGUCUCUACGGAGGGUCCUUAAAAGAGAAGGAAUCAGUUUUCCUGAUUGGUUCCCAGCGGAACCAUCCUCUACCACAUCUACGAAUUCGGAAUCGCGUGAGGAUGGAUCCUCUCAUGCGUUCGCUACGCGAGUGAUGGAAGAAUCUCAGGCGUUCGCCAUGCAGGCGUUCUCCGCAUUUGAGCAUACAGAGACCAACGAAGGAAGGCCAUACGACCAGAGUUUCUACAUGGACAACCUGGCUUCUCACCACAUCUGUGCAGACAUUACACGUUUCACGAACUACGUGUCUACAGAUGGUAUAAUGAAGACCGGAGACUCGUACUCAUCCUAUGUGGGCAUAGGAGACGUUAAGAUCCCUGUGGUAGGAAAGCACGAGAAACAGACAUUCAUCACUAUCCUCAACGUCUACCAUAUUCCGGGUUUCCACAUUAAUAUCGUUUCAGCCAGGAUGUUCCGAAGGAAAGGCUAUGUACUUGAUGAGUAUUCCCAGGCAAUCCGCAAGCUUGACGAUAGGUCUCUCCUUUGCCAUAUGUAUCUUCGCGAUGAAUAUUGGACGUUUACGAGCGACGUAUUAGUCCCUGUACAGAAGGGAAUCGCAUUCGCGACACGAUCGUCUUAA